UCACCAUGCCAUUACAGCCUUCAGAGGAAGAUGUUUAUGGGGCUGCAGCGCUAAUUAGGCUCAUGAACUAACAAAUCUGCCUGCACGAAGCCGGCGAGGAAAGCGAUCACAUCCAUGGAUUAGUCCGGGGAGCAGCCGGCCACUUUUUAUUUGGGCUUUUUUCUCGACGCUCGCCGCCUUUUCUCAACUUAUUUACUUUGCGCAGAAACUUUGCCCUCCUUUUUUUCCCUUCCUUUCUCGGGUGUGGAGUAUUUUUCAAAGCAAGGGCGCCUCCGACAACUUUAACUUGAAACUGGGGAAUCUGGACUAUCAGACCAUGUUUCAACCCACACCCAAGAGGUGUUUCACGAUAGAGUCUUUAGUGGCGAAGGAUAAUCCGGUACCGGCGUCCCGCUCCGAGGAGCCCAUCAGGCCCGCGGCUCUCAGCUAUGCAAACUCCGGCCAGAUGAACCCCUUUCUGAACGGCUUCCACUCCGGCGGCAGGGGCGUCUACUCGAACCCGGACUUGGUGUUCGCCGAGGCGGUCUCGCAUCCGCCGAACUCCGCCGUCCCGGUGCAUCCGGUGGCGCCGCCGCACGCGCUGGCCGCGCACCCGCUCUCAUCCUCACACAGUCCGCACCCGCUUUUCGCCAGCCAGCAAAGGGACCCCUCAACUUUCUACCCCUGGUUAUUACACAGAUAUAGGUACUUGGGCCACAGAUUUCAAGGUAAUGAAACGAGUCCAGAGAGCUUCCUUUUGCACAACGCGCUGGCCAGAAAGCCCAAAAGAAUCCGGACAGCGUUCUCGCCCUCGCAGCUCCUGCGGCUUGAGCACGCGUUCGAGAAAAACCAUUACGUGGUGGGAGCGGAGAGGAAGCAGCUCGCGCACAGCCUUAGCCUCACAGAAACUCAGGUAAAAGUGUGGUUUCAGAACCGAAGGACGAAGUUCAAGCGGCAGAAGUUGGAGGAGGAGGGCUCGGAGUCUCAGCAGAAGAAGAAAGGAUCGCAUCACAUAAACCGGUGGAGACUGGCGACGAAACAGGCGAGCCCGGAGGAAAUCGAUGUCACCUCGGACGAUUAAAAACCCAGAGAGAAAGAAAGAGAGAGAGAGAGAGAGAGAGAGACUAUAGGAGCGUCUGAAUGAAGGAGGACACGGAUAAAGGAUGCCGCGUAGAGACAGUGAGAGGGUGCAAAGCCAACGCCACAUUUCAGAUGUGGAGAUCGGCAGCUGAGGGCGAGAGAAGCCCGCCUGGCGCUGCUGGAGCCGGGAACACAGUCUCAGUCCGCCACUUCACCCCCAUCCACCACCCCAUUCUAUUUUUAUCCAAUCCAUAUUGGACGUUUUGCACUUACAGAAUUAUUUUUUUUUAAAUUUUAUUUCUCCUUAAUUUUUUUUUUUUAAGUUUCCACUCGAGAUACCAAAACACCAAACAGCUUUUGUAAAACUUGAAUUGCAUGGUCUAGUUUUUUCCUGAUAGUUGUUUUUUUUUUUUUAAUUUGACAAGUUUUCUCCAACCAAGAAG